CGUCACAACAUAGCCGCGUCACCCCCUGGAUAUAAACUUCCGAGUUGUCUGCACAGCACGAACGAACACAUUCAUUUUACUACUCAACUUACACCACGUUUCGAUUCUUCUUAUUGAUUUGUACUUUACAAUAACUUUAAUUUGACGAUUUUAAUACACUUUUAUUAAUAGAAUUAAUUAUUUCCCUUUCAAACUUUUCAAACUUAGCUUUUGCCAAGGGGUUCAUCUUUAUCUCCCACACCAAAGAAGCGUACGUCAUCCCUGUGGUCAACACUACGGGCAAAUUUUCGACACAAAGGAAGGUUUUUGGUUUCGCUUUCUAUCAAUACCAUACAAUACAUACCAAUAUACCAGUCAGGAUUCUUUAUAAGGAAAGAAUCCCUUCAAUUGAGGGCUUUCGGUGUGUUUGACGUCUGGCGUUAGAGUUGGAUUGGGUGGACAAGAUUCAUACGAUCCGAUCAUGGCGAAUACCUCACUUCCAGAUGGCGAACCGCAAUGGAAUAGUAAACCACAAUUCAGACUGCCAGGAUGGGCAGAACCAGUUGUAAGUUCCCUUGUACCGUACCCACACUAUGAAGUUUGAUGACUAACAACCCUUUCACAGAUCGUUGCUAGUAUCUUAUUCGGUUCUAUGAUACUCACGAGAAGGCAUGGAUACAGUGUAUUCGAUAGACGGCGAAAUACAUAUGGAUUACUGGACGAGGAACCUGAUUCCGCACGCUCAUCCGAUGAUUUAUUAACUAGGGAUUAUAUGAUUGGGAACCGACGAGAUUCAGAUGUGGAUUCGUUGUCGACGUCUAAAUUUCCUCCUAAGAAAAGGAGAUGCUGCGGAGCGAAUCUUUUGACGCCGAAUACCUCGAGGUUUAAGGAUCAUUAUCACAGUAGGAUAUUACAGAAAUUCCCUUUUCUGAUCGAAAUGUUCUAUUGGAUUAUUACAUAUGCGUUUUAUCGAUGUACGAAGAUCCUUUCGCAAGCAAUGUUUUCUGAAAUGGGCAUUUGGGACGUGGCUCAGGAUCAUGGGUUAGCAAUAUUGGAAUUUGAGGAAUUCUCGUGGAUAAGCUUUUUGUGGCCGGUGAGAGAACAGGAUGUGCAGAAGUGGUUUUUGAAUGGUCAUGGGACGCUUUUGACGAUCUUGAAUCGUUCUUAUGCAUUGAUUCAUAUUCCCGGUACUGUUGGGUAAGUUUCGAGCAUCACUAACAUUCGUUUUGGAGAAGAAUAUCCCUGACUGAAAAUCAGAUUCAUCGCAUUUUGGUACUACGUAGCACCAUCUCAUACAACCUUCGCAACAGUCCGUCGAACAAUGACCCUCACCAAUCUUUUUGCCUUCUGCAUCUUCAUCCUCUACCCAUGCAUGCCACCACGUCUUCUUCCACCUGAGUAUGGAUUUCUCGACAGCGUCGGCCGUAACAACGCUCAAUCCGUCUGGAUGCAAGGAAACUAUGUUAACUCACUCGCUGCCAUGCCUUCAAUGCAUUUCGGAUACUCUUUCUGUAUCGGCGUCACUAUGAUCUACCAUUCCGGGGUCUUUCGUCGAAACUUAGAAACUGGCGAAGUCAGGAAGAACAAGUUCUGGACGCUGUUUUACAUUUUCCUAGGAGUGUCGUAUCCGCUUUAUAUAUUAAUCACGAUUGUAGCGACGGCAAAUCAUUAUUAUCUGGAUGCAUUUGUGGCGUUUUUCGUGGCUAUUGCGGCAUAUUUGUGUAAUCGAAUUUUCCUCGUCUUGUUACCGGUGGAGGAUCUAUUAUUUUGGUGUUUGAGGUUGGAGAAACCUAUUCCGACGACUGGAGAUAGAAUUAGGAAGAGAGUUAUUAGUUAUUAGACCUAACGGUCUCCGAAAUAUGGCGUCUUUUCUGUCUUACCCGUCAACGACGAUGAAGACGAGCAAGAAGAUCAAAGGGUAUUUUCUGGCAUUUUAUUUUGGCACGGUCUGGGAAGAAAGGAUUUCUGGGCGAGCAUAUUCAUGUACAUUCUAUUCCCACAUAUAUUUGUACUUUGUCUUCUUUUUUCUUUACUUUUAAUGGGUAUUUUGGAUUGAUACCAGCAUGGCCUUUGAGCCUUUAAAUCGGCGGCGCAUGGGAAAGGUUGAAGCUUGUA